AUGACGAAACAAGUAGUUGCAGCUUUGCAAGUGGGCACUUUGCCCGGCGGAACCCAGGAAACUCUGGAAAAUAUCCUUUCGUAUGAGGAGGAAAUCAAGAAAAACAAUGUGUCGCUGGUAGUCAUCCCAGAAGCUACUCUUGGUGGUUAUCCAAAGGGAUCUAAUUUUGGAACAUACUUAGGGUAUCGUUUGGAUUCCGGUAAAAAGGAGUUCGCAGCGUACUUCUCUCAGGCCAUCGAAGUAGGUGCUGGCGAAAGAUACCAUGAGAUCAACAAACUCUGCAAGCUUGCCAAAAACACCGGUGCUUUUAUCUGCUGUGGAUGCAUUGAGCGUGAUGGAACCACGUUGUACUGCACAAUGGUGUACAUUGAUCCAGAACUUGGUUACGUGGGCAAACAUCGCAAGCUCACACCCACGGCCACAGAGCGCUUAGUCUGGGGUCAAGGCGACGGUUCUACGUUGACAGUGGUUGACACGAAAGUGGGCAAAGUAGGCGGGGCCAUUUGCUGGGAAAAUAUGAUGCCUUUGAUGAGACAGGCCAUGUACAAUAAGGGUGUUGAAGUUUGGUGUGCUCCAACAGUAGACCAAAGAGACUUGUGGCGUGUUGUGGUCCAGAACAUCGCUUAUGAAGGCCGACUUUUCGUUGUUAGUGCCGUCCAGUUCAUGCGCAGUGCUACUGAAAUGGGUCUCGGUGAAAUUGCAGACGAAGCCACGGGACAAAGAAGGCUGCCUGGUUUCGAGGCAAACGAGGAUAACUGCAUCAACGGUGGUAGCGUGAUUGUGAACCCCUUUGGCCAGAUUAUUGCCGGUCCACUAAUCGGAAAAGAGGGUCUAUUGUGCGCGGAAAUUGACACUAGUAUGAUCAUCGAAGCUCGUUACGAGCUCGAUCUAACAGGCCACUAUUCCAGAGGAGACGUUUUCAAAUUGACCGUUAAUGAGGCCCCGCACGGUGUAACUUACACCUCAUAG